GGUUGGAUGUGAGCGCCACCGAUCUGUCUCUACUUCCAGAGCGAAGAUGGCGGUCUCGGUGUUCCGCGGCGUGCGGCUUCUCUCCAUCGGAGACGCCAACGGAGACAUACAGCGACACUCAGAGCAGCAGCCGCUGCGGUUAGAAGUCAAAACCUCACAAGAUGCUGCCCUCCUCAAUCUCUCCAAUGGAGAAGAGGCGAGUGUGUUCAAGUGUUCGGUUUCCAGGGAGACUGAGUGCAGCCGCGUGGGGAAGCAGUCAUUCAUCAUCACACUGGGCUGCAACAGCGUCCUGCUGCAGUUCUCCUCACCUACAGACUUUCAGUCCUUUUAUAACCUGCUGAAGAACUGCCGUGGGCACCUCGGAGAGCAGUCAGUCUUCAGUGAAAGAACAGAGGAGUCCUCUGCUGUACAGUAUUUCCAGUUUUAUGGCUACCUCUCCCAGCAACAGAACAUGAUGCAGGACUAUGUUCGGACAGGGACUUACCAACGGGCUAUUCUCCAGAACCACACUGACUUCAAGGACAAGGUGGUGCUGGAUGUGGGUUGCGGCUCGGGGAUCCUCUCCUUCUUUGCAGCUCAAGCUGGAGCUAGGAAGGUGUACGCCGUGGAGGCCAGCACCAUGGCACAGCACGCCGAGGUGCUGGUGAACAGCAACCGUCUGGGGGAACGUGUGGUCGUCAUUCCGGGCAAAGUAGAGGAGGUGACGCUGCCGGAGCAAGUUGACAUCAUCAUUUCAGAGCCGAUGGGCUACAUGCUGUUCAACGAGCGGAUGCUGGAGAGCUACCUGCAUGCCAAGAAGUUCCUCAAACCCAGCGGUAAAAUGUUCCCCACUAUCGGAGAUGUCCACCUGGCCCCCUUCACAGAUGAGCAGCUCUACAUGGAACAGUUCACCAAGGCCAACUUCUGGUACCAGCCCUCCUUCCACGGUGUAGACCUCUCUGCCCUGCGGGGGGCAGCAGUGGACGAGUAUUUCCGUCAGCCAAUUGUGGACACAUUUGAUAUCCGUAUUCUGAUGGCCAAGUCGGUCAAAUACACGGUCAACUUCCUGGAGGCCAAAGAGGAGGAUCUGUACAGGAUAGAGAUUCCCUUUAAGUUCCACAUGAUGCACUCAGGCCUGGUGCACGGCCUGGCUUUCUGGUUCGACGUGGCUUUUAUGGGAUCAGUGAUGACGGUAUGGCUGUCCACAGCACCCACAGAGCCUCUCACACACUGGUACCAGGUGCGCUGUCUGCUGCAGUCCCCCCUUUUCACCAAGGCUGGGGACACACUCUCCGGCACUGCGCUGCUGGUGGCCAACAAGAGACAGAGCUACGACAUCAGUAUUGUUGCCCAGGUGGACCAGACAGGAUCAAAGUCCAGCAACCUCCUGGACUUGAAGAACCCCUUUUUCAGGUACACAGGCACUACCCCCAACCCUCCUCCUGGCUCACACUACACCUCCCCAUCUGAGAACAUGUGGAACACAGGGUCGGCCUACAGCAUGAGUCAGGGGAUGGCUGUAUCAGGGAUGCCCGCAGCUUAUGACCUCAGUACAGUCAUCGGCAGCAGCCCGUCAGUGUCUCACAACAACCUCAUCCCCCUGGUGAACACAGGGAUUGUAAAUCAUACCCACUCCAGGAUGGGUUCAAUCAUGAGCACAGGAAUAGUCCAAGGAGCCACUACCGGCCAGUCGGGCCCCAGUAGCAGCGGUACUUACUAUCCCGUCACCAACCAGUUCACCAUGGGGGGUGCUGCCAUCUCCAUGGCUUCACCUAUGGUCAUCCCUAGCAACACCAUGCAUUAUGGCAGUUAAGACGAAGACCUUGCAAAGACCUCCUAUGCCCCCGCAUGACAAGAGUCCCUCCCCCCCUCCAAACCCAGAUUGAUCACCAACUGCAGCCAAAACCAGUAUACCAAAACCAGCGCUGCGCUGGAGAUUCCUCCCAUCGUUCGUCACCCUCUUUCUACUCUGUUGAUUCCAUCACUCGAUGAACGGUUGAAAGCUCUCGUUUCCGUCCAGACUCUUGUCUUUCUGAAAGCCGAAGCCUUCCUUGUACCCCUCCCUUGCUGGGACUGUAACAUUUGAAAUGCACAGCAGUUUGUCAUCUGACCUCCCUGGGUUUCCACCCUCCUCCAAUAUGUAUUUCAAUCCCUCCACUUCCUUUCUUUUCUCUUUAUAGCUCAUUAUUUAGAUGUCAUGGCCCACCAAGUGUUCGUCUUUCCCUAAAAAUCAGCUUGUGAGAUACUAGCAUCAGUCCGUUACCAGAGUCCUCCACACCUCCACCAGAGUGAUGCUGAAGCUUUUCACUUGUGCAGCAGGACACUAUUAUCAUGACUGCAUCUCUCCAGGUGCCACCUUAGCUUUUCAUAUUGGCCCCUCCUCAUUUCUCUCAAGAGACUGAUCCGUGCCCAUUGAAACGGCCCCCUCAAAACACAAAACAAACACCAUGUUUUACAUGCUUACUCCUACUCAUGCAGUUUGGUUUUAGGCGGAGGAAGAUGUAUCACGAGCUGAAGCCUACAAGGCUUGACACCCAAAGGAGCUCGUGGAAAACAUGCUUUUAUUUUAUUUUUUUUUAAAGUGGCAUGGACAGGCUGAUCCUCCAUGUUCUGCUUGGAAGCACCGGUGUCGCUGUGUUACACUGAAGUUCACAUAAACAUCAUGUUCUGGGAAAACUUUGUGUGUCACCUUCCAUGCUGAGUCACGAUAAAUAAGCGUGUUUUUGUCUGUUGUAAGUUGCUGCUUCAAGUCCUUUUUCUGAACCUUUUACCUUUCAAAGAUAUAAAACUCUGCUGGCUUCAUCAAUCUGUUUCAAAUGAUGGCAAGCUGCAGCACACCCCUCUUUGUCCUGGUGUAGGGCGGCUGAAAUGCAUCGUUUGCGUGUCUGACGAUGCGUGGUGAGAUGCAGUGGCAUCACAUCCAUGCUGCUGCUGUUUAGGGCAUUAAGAGACGUGCACAGUUGUACCCUUGUGCAUUCCUGUUGGUUUGUGAUUGCAUACAAUCAGACAUGCAGUGUUAAGUGAUACAGAAAUAAUACUAGGUCUUGUAAGACGACUGCUCUGUUAUUAAGAUCUGAAACUUGAAGAUGCCCUCAGGUUAAUGGAAAGGAGUGCAUAUAUGGUAGAGGGGCCGCUGCGCUGGCUGCUUCUCAAUACUAACCUCAAGGCUGCACGUGCUCAUUCACGCACGUCUGUAUAAACACACUGAGAGAAUGAAUAGCUGCAACAUUUUGUCAAAGAUUUCUUGGAGUAGUGUUGCAGACUAAAGUUAGCAUACUAACCACUUGGCCUAUACUUGGACAUAACACCACUUUGUACAUGAGUUUACAGCUUCAAAUUGCAAACUCACACCUUCCUAGAACCUCAGAGGCGACUUAGAUUAAUUUAAUAUUGUGUUCCUUCAGCACAGGAAAAUAAAACUAGAAGAAUGAGAUGUUUUGGCCAGCAGCAGUAGGGUGCUGGGCCUGCACAGAGCAUCUUUUUAAGUUCCAUCUUCAUUGUAGCAUUGCCAGGUUUGAGCACUGUCCAAAGUGAAUACAAGUUUUUUUUAACAAGAUGCAUAAGAAAUUAUUCAGAGUUGCAAGAAGAUAUUUUUGUCCAGGCUUUAUUUCCUGGCGUGCCAAUGCAUUUAGCAUGGAGUUCACACAUUGGAAAAUUAUGUUUUUAAAUCAGCGUUUUUAUGCCAGUAGGUAUUUUUCCGAUAAUGACGAUCUCUUUGAUCCCGUCGGUUUUCUCACGUUAGAGAUGGAGUUCAAACUUCAGAAUGAAAACAAGUCGUAUUAUGUCUUUUCUAGAUGAACGUGUUUGUCGCCAUUCUAAAUGGCCUGAGCUUAAUGUGAAAGGCUUUUUGAUCUGUAUGCGAGAGCUCGGCACAAUGAAGUACAACACUUAAGAAAGUGACUAACAGAGUGGCAGACAGUCAGGAGAUAAUGAACUGUUCAGCUUUGUCCCCAUAUAAAGCAAUUUGCUCAUCUUGCAUAGCUUUGUAACCACUGCCGUGUCAUGUAGUCAGCUGUAUUCCUGGCUCCCACUGGUUGUUGCAUCAAUUGCUUGCUUCAGAAUUGUGGGUAGUUGAAUUCAGCAUCUGCCACUUUGCAGUGCUUACAGUUAUUUUGGAUCUUAUCGCUACAAGUUGUCAAAUUUUAUUGGCAUUUGUUGGUCUCUGGUUGCCAAAUAGCUGCUAGCUUCUUCCUAUCGGCACCUCUUUAGGGAGUCAUGGAUGCUUUCAAUUUUCCUCAUACCCAACAUGGAAGGUGACCAAUGGGACAGUCUGCCAGAAACCUUUUUAUCAAGCUAGAACGAUUCAGCCCUGUUGGCCUAAAACAUGAAAUGCACCUUCUGCCGCUCCUUUUUGUCUCUUUGCUGCACCCAGUACUUUUUGUUUUUUUUAAAUAAAGCUGAGAGGACAUUGCAGCAGCUUCUUGCCAGCCAGGCAUUUGUUGGGCCAGAUUGCUUUGGCGCAGUUGGAGGAAGAUUUGGAGAAAGAACCAGUAAAGACCAAUGACCCAGGAUGCAACCAGCUGGCUACCGGGAAAAGAAAAGCUGUGCUGGACCGGCAGCUUCCUCAUUUACGUCUUUGUUUUCUUUGCCCGUUGCUCCUCCCAACCUCCUUUUGAGACUAUGAAACUGUCACAAGUAGACUUCAGUGUCGAUGUGAGGGAGAUGGGGCCGGUACACCUCCCUCCUCGUCUGCUCAACAUAUAUGACCUCCAACAUAUCAUUGCCCCAACACAUGCCCCUGCCCACAGCCCCUUUUAUCAGUCAAGGAACGAAAGACUGACACAUUUAUGCAUCGGUUCCAGUGUCACAGCUAUAGAAUUUAUGAUUUAGAGAGCUGAGGAAAAAUGUAUGUCUGUAUGUAGGAAUAACCUUUUUUUGUUUUUGUUUUUCUUGAUUUUUUCUUUAUUUCACAAAAAAACAGCAAACAAGGGGAAAAAAAAAAAAAAAGCAAAUUAAAUGUUGUGGAGAUGUUCCAAAACCAUCCUGGAAACAGGUGUUGUAGUACUUUAAUUUGUCACCUUCUAGUUUGUGUAAUAGACUGGACACAGCAGGUGUUUACCAUGUGUAGCAGCCAUCGUGUCUCCUCUGUCAUGGGAUCAUUGCUCUGUGUAGUCAAAUAGUGGCGUCCACUUUGAUGAUGGAAGUGUAUGAGGAAGACUCACUGUCGUGUUCUCAUAUUUGUAUUUUUACCAACCAGUAAUAACACCUUUCUCACCGUCUGAUGUUGACUCGUCUGCUCCAGACACGGCUAAAAGAAGCCACUGUCAGUUUUAUUGGCACUGUGGCAGUCACCGAUGUCACAGCAAGCAGCUCUAAACUUUUAGAUGAGAGCAUAAGCCACCAAU